AUGGCGUCGAGAAAGCUGGCACACUAUUUUCAUGCCCAUACAAUAGUUGUGCUGACCGAAUUCCCUCUCAAGGUGCUCUUUGAGAAGGCCGACUUCACCGGGAGGAUUCUGAAGCGGGCCGUGGAAUUGGGGCAGUAUGACAUCAGGUUCCGCCCGCGCACCGCGGUCAAAGCCCAAGCUCUUGCAGAUUUUGUGGCGGAAUUUGCCCUUGGGACGCAUCCAAUUUGCCCGAUUGAUUUGGUUGGUGCGGAUUUAGCACAACCCAAGGUUUUGACAACGGAGACGAGCGUUGGCUCGCACGUGGGAAAAGGGCAAAGCUUGACCGAACUAGCAAAGUCCGACAACUCGUUGGAAGGUGAACCCAAUGGAGACGAGAAAAAAGACCAGAACGAGCAGGCCAGAGACAUUGAAUUGAGAAGCUUCCAAAACCCGUCUGAUUAUUGGAAACUGUUCAUUGGCGAGAUGUGGAAGCUCUUCGUCGAUGGGGCGUCCAAUAGGCAUGGGGCCGGGCUAGGAAUUGUGCUGACCUCACCAGAUGGGCUGAUUAUUGAGCAAGCAAUUACGCUCGGAUUCCCGGCGUCCAACAACGAGGCAGAGUAUGAAGCCCUCCUCGCCGGUUUGAGAAGCGCAUUGAGAAUGAAGGCCACCGCCCUUAUGGUCUUCAGCGACUCCAAGCUGGUGGUCAAUCAGGUAUCAGGGGAGUAUGAGGCAAGGGAUGAAAGAAUGGCCAAGUAUCAAGCGUUGGUGCGAGAAGAGAUCAAGAAGUUCCCUGCAAUAAGAGUGGAACAGAUCAACCGCGAAGAAAACAACUCGGCUGACGAAUUGGCUGGGCUCGCCUCCACUCAGACAGCUUUUCCUAACCCCUUGAUGAUAGAGUUUUUACCCCGGCCAAGCAUUGAGGACCCGGAAGCAACCGAGGUGCUCUGCACCAACUUGGGUCCUUCCUGGAUGGAUCCCAUCAUCGCCUUCUUAAAAGACAGAGUUCUACCGGAGGAAAGGAAGGCAGCCCACAAAAUCCGAGCAAAGUCAGAGCGGUUUUGGCUCUCCCCAUCUGGAGCCUUGUACAAGAAGUCCUUCACCGGGCCGUAUUUGAAGUGUGUCCACCCCGCCAGAGUGGAGACUUUUCUCUACGAAAUACAUGAAGGCAUCUGUGGAAGCCAUACUGGAGGCAGAUCCUUGGCGUACCGAGCAAUUUCCCAAGGUUACUGGUGGCCGUGCAUACAGGCGGACGCACAGAAAUAUGUUCGCAGGUCAGCGCCGGGCAAUCGCAAGUUCUUCAUCGCCACCACCGACUACUUCACCAAGUGGGUGGAGGCCGAGCCACUGGCGACCAUAAAGGAAAAGGAUGUGAAGAAGUUUGUUUGGCAAAACGUCAUUACUCGCUUCGGUAUACCCAGGGCCCUCGUCUCAGAUAACGGCACUCAAUUCGAUAGGAAGCUCUUUCGCGGACUUUGCGAAGAGUUGAAGAUCAAGUUCUACAAUUCGACGCCGGCCUAUCCUCAGUCUAACGGUCAAGCAGAGGCCUCAAACAAGACCAUCUUGGAUGGGCUAAAGAAGCGGCUUGAAAAAGCCAAGGGGAAAUGGGCUGAGGAACUUCCCAACGUGCUCUGGGCAUACCGCACUACCCCAAGAAGUUUCCAACCUGAUCUGAAUAAUGAAGCCAUGGCAUUGGAAUUAGACCUUGCCGAGGAAAGAAGGGAGCGGGCACUAAUCCACAUCUCAGCUUAUCAACAAGAACUCUCCAAGAAAUACAACAAGGCGGUGCACCCCAGGCUGUUCAAGGUCGGAGACUGGGUUUUGAGAAAGGUACUUGGCAACACGGUGGUCCCUGGCGAAGGAAAGCUCGGUGCGAAUUGGGAAGGACCAUACAAGACCCUUAGCCUCUUGGCACUAGAUGUAAAAGAUAGCAAUGCUUUUGUAAUAAAAAUAGCACUCUUGUUUGGUAUUACUUCUUUGUACAAUGAAAUCGCAAGGACACAAGGCAAUCAUGGAUGCUAG